CGUUUGUUGAGGUGUUGGUUUGCUAUCCUUGGAGAAUAGCACGAUGAGGGAUUGUAUAGAAUUGAAUAUAAAUAGUAGAGGAAGCCACUUAAAUAUCAAUCUAAUAUAGUCUAUUUGGAUGAAAUCUAGAUAAUCCCUAAAGAAAUAAAAUGCCAAAAGCGAUAGUAAAUUGUAGUUAAGUCUCUUUAUCGACUUUUUUCUUGGUUUGUAACUUGCAUCCAUGAACGUCGAGGAAGACACUACGACGAACAAAUUCAAGCAGGAGUUUGAUAGUAACCUACACCAAGUCAAGAUUAGAAUCCAGAGGUAUCUGGAUUUGAUCACGCCGUUUACAGUCUACAGGUGGUUAUCUACAACCUUUUUAUUGUUUGUUUUCUGUUUAAGGAUAGUAUUAUCACAUGGCUGGUACAUUGUCUGCUAUGCUUUAUUCAUAUACCUUUUAAACCUCUUUUUGGCCUUCUUGACGCCAAAGUUCGACCCUUCAGUUGAAGAAGACGAGGAAAUGGACAACUUGGAAGGCGGUAACGACGAAUCCAACACAUACGGUGGUGGUGGUGGAUACGGUCUCGGAUCAGGUGGAUUACUCGACAAGGAUGAGGAGUUCAGACCAUUCAUUCGUCGCUUACCUGAGUUCAAGUUCUGGUACUCUGCUACACGCGCAAUAUUAGUAUCUAUAUUAUGCACAACCACAUCUGCAUUUGACAUACCAGUUUAUUGGCCAAUUUUACUAGUUUACUUCUUCAUCUUGUUCUCCUUGACAAUGAGAAGACAGAUCGAGCAUAUGAUCAAAUAUAGAUAUAUUCCUUUCGAUUUAGGUCGAAAAGUAAGAUAUAACUCUAAAAAUUAAGAUACAACGAUACACCGCAAUUCAACACUCUGUCUGGCUUUCUCGCAUGCUCUUUCUUUGUCUUCUACAGCUGUGUGUGGUACAAACCUCGCUCUACCGUCUUUACCGUCAUAGCUAUCGAAACAUCUGAGGAAAUAAACCUGAUGGCGCUGCUGAUCGCGUAUAUAACACCAUUUCUGUUUGUCAUUGUGUAGGAUGCUGUAGUGACUGCCGAAGAAAUCAGUCGUAUGUCCUAGAUCUUCGUUUGAGAUUGUCUUAUAAUCGCACACCGAUAGUGGAGAAUCGACGAUGCCGUCAAAACAGGGUCUCCAAACGUUGAUGAUUUGUACGCGUUUGUCUUUCUCGAUUGGACCUCCAUUCUCUCUUUCGAUGUGUUCGUAGGCUCUUUUGGCAUCUUGGUCGACAUGAGCACGAUAAGCGGGCACUGAAUCUGUAGGUGCUGCAUCUUUGCCAUCUGCACCAUCACUAUGGCCUUUACCAUCUCUUGUUGUAUAUUCCAGACAAUG